AUGGAUGUGUGUAACGGCCCCCCUCUUUCCCCUCGGGGCUGUGCAGUGUGUAUGGAGCAGUGUGAGAGCGCAGCGGCUCUGCUGGAGUCGGUCAGGGAGCAGGAGGUGCAGUUUGAACAGCUGACCCGGGCACUGGAGGAGGAGAGGAGGAGAGUGGGCCUCCCCGCCACCAGCCCCUCUGCCCUGGGUCGCCCCCUCCCGCACACACAGAACGGGCGUUUAGGGGAUGCAGACAUAGAACGUCUGAAACUGACUGACUCAUACAUAAACGGCACACAGUACAGAAUGGUGGACCCCGCACACGGCGCUCUAGAUGAGAGCUACACACCAGAGGACGACUCCCAGGAAGUACACUCAGUCUUUUCUGACGAGGGAACCGCACGACGGCCAGACAAUGGGAUGAAGAAACCAAUCUCACGCACGGUCAUGCCCUCUGACUCGAUGUCCAUUGAUGGAGGCUUGUCGAUGCCCGGUAUGGGGGGGUACAGCGCCACACUUGACCGUCCUUACAGACAGCCUAUGCCAGCAGACUACCCCACGGCCACAGUGCCCAGAAACUACCACUAUGGCCCUGUAGGGGGUUACGAUGACUACCGGGGAGCCCCGCCAUCAGAGGCAUACACUAGUCUGAGCCGGGGCUCACACAUGGACGACCGUUACAGGCCAGUUGAUGGCUACAGGACCCUGGACUCUGGCUACCGGGCCCCAAGCCGCCAGCAGCUUGACCCGUAUGCAGCACAGCCCCAGGUGAGCCGGGGAAUGAGGGCCCUGGGCUCAGCGUUGGAGAUGAGGUAUGGCCAAGGCCACUACGGUCUGGAGGAUGACCAGCGCAGUGUUGGAUAUGAUGACUAUGGCAUGGGGCCUCCACCAAUGCACCCUGGAGGCUACGGUACCAUGCCCCGCCUCGGGCCUGGCCCCAUGGGUAUAGACAGACGAAGACUCAGGAGCUGUGAGGAUACUUUGGAUGGAGAUAUGGGAGGAGGUGACCCUUAUGUCUGGGGCGCUCCCAUGACGAUGGAGAGGGGGAGCAUGGCUUCACUGGACAGCACAUUGAGGAAGGGUCCUCCUGCUUCCUGGAGACAGCCGGAGCUGCCGGAGGUCAUUGCCAUGUUGAGCUAUCGUCUGGACCCUGUCAAGACCAACGCUGCUGCGUUCCUCCAGCAUCUCACAUUUAAAAAUGAUAAGGUGAAGUCAGACGUGCGUCGUCUGAAGGGCAUCCCAGCCUUGGUGUCGCUACUAGACCACCCCAGCAAGGAUGUGCACCACUCAGCCUGUGGAGCACUAAAGAACAUUUCAUAUGGGCGAGACCAAGACAACAAGAUCGCCAUCAAGAACUGCGAUGGAGUGCCCGCUCUAGUCAGGUUACUGAGAAAAACCCGCGACCAGGAUCUCACGGACACUAUCACAGGCACCUUGUGGAACCUCUCGUCCCACGACUUGGUAAAGAUGGAGAUCGUGGACCAUGCCCUACAUGCCCUAGCUGACGAGGUGAUCGUUCCUCACUCCGGCUGGGAGCGAGGGAGCAACGGAGGAGAGGAGAGCUGCAAACCACGCCAUCUGGAGUGGGAGACCGCCUUGACCAACACUGCUGGCUGCCUUAGGAAUGUGAGUUCAGAACGCAGCGAGGCCAGGCGAAAGCUGAGAGAAUGCACAGGAUUGGUGGAUUCACUCAUGUACGUCGUCCAAUCACAGAUCAACCGCAAAGAUGUGGAUAAUAAGUUGGUGGAGAACUGUGUCUGCCUCCUGAGGAAUCUGUCCUAUCAGGUUCACCGCGAAGUCCCCGGCUGUGAGCGCUAUGCAGAGGCCGCACCCCUCAACCAGGGGCCGCCCACCGCUAACAAAGGUGGCUGCUUUGGCUCUCGAAAGGGCAAAGAUGAGUGGUUUUCCAAAGGAAAGAAGGAUGGAGAUGAUGGAAGUGGAGAUCAGGUCGACAUUCCAAAGAGGACAACACCUGCAAAAGGUUACGAGCUGUUGUUCCAACCUGAGGUGGUUCGUGUUUACACAUCGCUGCUCAGAGAGAGCAAGAACCCCUCUGUGCUGGAGGCUGCUGCGGGCGCCAUCCAGAACCUGUGUGCCGGGCGAUGGACUUAUGGUCGGUAUAUCCGGGCCACUGUGCGCCUGGAAAAGGGUCUUCCCAUGAUGGCAGAGCUGCUGGCUCAUGGAAAUGACCGUGUGGUGCGGGCAAUGUCCGGAGCCUUGAGGAACCUCGCCAUCGACAACCGUAACUGCGAACUGCUCGGUUUGCAUGCAGUGCCUCACCUUGUGGCCAACCUGCCUGGAGGCCAGAGUCAGUCUGGGCGCGCUCUAUCAGAGGAGACAGUAGUGUCUGUACUGAGCACACUCGCUGAGGUGCUAGGCAACAGCCUGGAGGCAGCAAAGACCCUCCGAGCCUCGCAAGGCAUUGAGAGACUGGUGCUCAUCAACAAGGACGGCAAGCGUUCAGAUCGUGAGGUGCGGGGGGCCGGCCAGGUGCUGCAGCUCGUCUGGGCCCACAAAGAGCUGCGCCGGCCUCUUGAGAAAGAUGGCUGGAAGAAGACUGACUUCAUGGUCAACCUCAACCCCAACACCAGCACCACCAACGGCCCAAGUACUAGAGCCAACGGCACCUAUGAAGACAGCACCACGCCACUGCUAGACAGAGGGGAAAAGAGGGACAUGAUUCCACUAAAUGACCUCGGCCCUGAGGCCUACUCUACACUGGACCAGAGGGAGAGGAGACACACUCUGGAUGAAACCACAGACACUUUACCGCGAGGGGUGUAUGGGGGCAGAAAGGGCUCCUUGCCUCUGUUGGACUCCUACGAUGGUUAGCCCUCCCCCCCUCCCCUCUACCCUCCCUCUGCAUGUAACAGCAUGAAAAACUGAUAGUGUGCAUCACCCAGACUGGGCCGUCCCUGCCCUACCACUGCUACUGAGGAGAGAAGAUCCAGAUGCACACUCUCUCUCCCUCUCGUCUCCCCCCUCUUCCCCCCUUCCUCACCUCUCUUUCUCUCUCUAUCACCACACAGAUGGGAUUAGAAGAUGAGGGUUGGCAUCCAAAGAAAGUGGCUGUGUUGCAGGCAGAACGUUUCAUGCAGCACACACGUACAGAUACAUACACACCUACUUUUUACAAAUUCAUUCAACUGUAGCAACAGAAAUAUAUAUUCCGUUUUUUUUAAUUAUAAUUCCUAUGUAAAGGCAAUCACCUUUGUUGACAAUCAUUUAAUUCUGGUGUUGUCAUCCUGCUUGUUUUUAUUUCUUCUUGCUGUUGUCAACAUUUUGGUAAAGUUUGUCAUGGUCAACAUGUUGCUGCCAACACCCACAUCCUAACGACGAAUUUGUACUUGUAUGUAGGGUAUAUACUGUAUAUAAAAAGAAAAACGGGAUGACUGCAUUAGUUUUGGCUCAUUAAUUUAAAUUGCCCUUUACUGGGAUCGUUGGGAGGUUGGGACGAGCCGGCAGACCGACGGCCGCCCUGUAGAUUGAGAAUGUUGUUUAUAUAGGAGUUAUUUUCCUGUCUAGAAUUAUUUUCUCUCGGUUGGGAUGAGCACAGGAGUAGACCAGAAAGGGCAGGUGUGUGUAUAUUUGUCAUACAGUAAACCUGUGGCUGUGUGCAUGUGUGUGUGGAAAAUGAAUAUGGACCUUAGAGUGAGUGUGUUUUUGUGUGUGCGCACAGACCAGACCCAUAAGACCACACGUUUAAGCAUUAUUUCAUCUGUUCAUGUUGUCUAUUUUUAUCUUGUGCUCCUACUCCUGUGACUAAGCAUUGUUUGUUAUUUUGUUUUGUUAGUUUUUAUGUACCAACUGCCUCUUUGUUUUUUUGAUACCUUCAUUUCUCACCUUUUCCCCCCUCCCCCAGUGAAAAAAAUGACAAUUGAGCUGCUGCGCUUUGACUUUUCUGUCUGGAUUUAGCCGAGCAGACCAGUACAACACAUCAAACUUGAUACUGAAAUGUGAAGCUGGGAAAAUACACUACUAAACCACUAAAACCAUUUCUGGCUCUACUGUAACAGUUUCAUACCAUAGACUCAACCUUCUUAGCUUAUUCUUUAUUUAGAAAGCAACAAAUACUUCCAUGGGAGGAUUUCUUUGGAAUAUCUAUCAGUACUUGCUGUUUUUUGUUCACAUUGGCAUCUGUGAUGUGCCAUUUUAUUAAGAGAAACACAUAAUAUGGGAGACUUCUUCACUCAGAAGAGACUCGAGUUUUAACAGACAGACUGGGGAGAGAUACUGACAUUUAAUUUAAUUUGGGAGAUGGACAAAAAGCACAUUUUGGUCUAUAAUCCAUUUAGUUUUUUUGUUACAUUUUUUUCACUCUGUCUGGUUUGUGUUUUAUUUUAUUCCAGGGUUUGUAUGUUUGGGAGAGGUGGGUGAGAGAAUUAUGCAAUUUGUUCAACUUUUUAGUCCCAGUUUUACCGCCGAGUUGUUUUUUUGUUUUGUUUUUUAAGGCAAAAGAGACCAAUCAUCUUUGUUUUGUUUUUACUCUCCACACACAGUAUAUUUGUAAUGUUGCCUAUCCAUGUAAAAUUAUGAUGUACCAUUCAUACCUGCCUUGGCUCUGAGAAGUUGCUUUUUUCAGUAAAGUAUGUAACUGGUAAUACUGUUUUUAUAAAUAAAGAUCUUUUCUUAGACAAGA